AUGGGAUCCGCCUUGUCAACCGACCAGCAGUCGCCCAGUGCCAUCUUCGUUGGUUCAGAGACUGAGCCGAAGACGGGUGACCGCAGACGGGACUCAGUGCUCAGCGUGGAGUCCGCCACCUGCAUGCUUCGUGCCCGGCAGCUCGUGAGCUAUCGCCUACGCUUGCGGAACACGACCGGGCACUAUGUGAUCGUGAUUCUGUCCGCGGAUGGGAAUCAGAUGAUCACAAAGGAAGCUCAUGUCCUUGCUCGGCCAGGUGGUGGCUUAUCGAGCUUGUUGAGCAACGUCCUCGGUGUCGAAUUGAGCAACGUCAGUAUGGCAAGUCCAGCACUCGAGUGGCGGAAGAACGUCAGGGCGGCCGACGUUGAGCAAGUGUCCAGCAAGUUCUUCAUCAGACCCCAUGGGAACAAAGAGGUCCCGAUAACUUCCAAAAUGAGCUUCGUCACGGCGUUCUUCUUCGACGCUGACCAACAGCGGGUCAAGUUCAUCUUCGAGCACUAUCCCAUCGAAAACGAACGUGAGUAUAGCUUCAAAGAUGACGACCCUUUCCAGUGGGAAUACCUGCAAAAGCAAGGAAAGGAUGAUUUUUGGUGGCCCUUCUGCUGUUGCUUCGCUGGCUCUGCAGAAGCGGGUCAAAGUCCUCUUCGAGAAUGCGAUGGAAGUCGAACGUCUUUGUCUCUUUGA